CGAAAAGUACGAUCACCUUCAGUUUUAGAUUUAAAUUUCCGUCUAAUUUUUCAUAAUUCAAAAUAGCCCCCGCACGAUGUAUAUUAUCGUUACUGACGUAUAUGGAGUUAUAUGGUGCCACAUAAAUAUGAAUACCGUUGCUGUUGGCUCAGACGGUUACUAAGGGCUGCGUGAUGCACCAGUAAGAGCGCACAUUACUGCACUACCGAGUUAGUCGCUGCGGCGUCGCUGGAUACAAAAUCGUGAAAUAGUAACGAUCUAGAGACUCGGAAUGACUGCCGGUUCCGUUGUGGCUCCGUUCAUUAUUCCUAUUCGCGUGCCCCCUCCGGGGAAAUCCAAGCACGAAAUAGACACCGCCACCCCUAUUGAGAUCAAAUCAGACACACCCGAUGUAACUGUCUUCUACACACUGGAUGGAAGUAAGCCGGAGGUGCGGAGAAGGCCGGGCUUCGGGGACGGUGGCACCCUGAAGUACGCGGAGCCCAUCCGCCUACCCAGCGGCAAAGUGCCCGUGAGAGCUGUGGCUGUCACCAGUGAUGGCAGAGAGAGUGCUGUGGUCACCAAGGUCUUUAUUGUGGAAUAUGUUCCGUCGGAGGUGCAGACACACUCUGUGAACAACCUGGAAGACCAGGAUUACUCUCUAAACAACUCCAUGCAUGAUCGCAGUGCUCAGGAGCAGGAGAAUGGUGCUGGAGAUGCCUCUGGGAAACAUUUAGGUUCCGUUGAAAGUCCCACCAUUGCACCUCGGAGUGUUCGAAAAGGCCCUCGUUUUUUGCCCCAGCGUCAAAGGAUCGCUCCUGCAGCUGUGCCCACGCAACACACACAUGUACAGAGUGCAGGGACGGUGCACAGCCUGUUCAAAAAGCUGACCAGAACACAGAUGUCUCGCAUCCAGAGAGAAACAGAUUUCCUCAGGUGCCCAGAGUGUUUGAGCCAUCGUCCAUCAGAUCCCUUUGCCCGAUUCUGCCUGCACUGUGGGGCUCCAUUGCCCCCCAUCCCAGGAAGGAGACUGCCCCCUACUGAGGGGGGACAGAUGGCCCAGUGUGUGCAGUGUAAGAGCAUGGUGCCAGUGAACACGUCCUCGUGUGUGGUGUGUGAGGCUCCUCUGGAACCACAGCUUCAGCCCCAGGCCAGCCUCAGACUGCGGGACAAAGUGAUCUGUCCCUCGUGUGGAACAGGAAACCCGGCCCACAUCUCAUACUGUGUGACCUGUGAGACCAAGCUAUCUCAGACUGACAGGCCCCUGCGGAGCGGACAGUGUGCCCCACCUGUGCCCUCCUCUGAAGGGAAGAUGGUCUCCUGCUCUAAAUGCUGGCGAGUGAAUCACUCUGACGCCCGCUUCUGCGACUGGUGUGGUGCCAAGCCUGGACACGUAGCGAGUUCUGUGACCUGUUCUCAGUGUGGAGCAAGCAGUCACCCUUAUGCAAACUACUGUGGAAACUGUGGUGUGUUUCUGGAGGGUCCACCCCGCCGCAAUGCCCAGCUAGGGCCACAAGAGGGCACACUGGAGCCUGAACAGAGUUCAUCUGUAGGCGUCACCUGGCAGCCUGUCCCUGCCUGUCCGGCUUCUCCCACGCAAGCCGAAGCAGCAGUGAGCACAGCUAUGCAUGUGGAUGCGCAGACGCAGACUGUGGGGCUGUUCUAUCCCAGUGGCACUGAGCUGCAGAGAAAGAUCCAGAAGAGGGAGCUGGAGCUUAGCAAGCAGGAGAAGAUGAGUGACAGGAAGCCGCUCCUCACAGCCAUUAGCCCUGGACGAGGGUUCUGGAGGAAACAGCUGGAUCACAUUUGUGCUCACUUGCGCAGUUAUGCACAGAACAACAGUGAGUUCCGGGCACUGGUGGGAGAACCAAGGAUGGGCAGGCUGGUUUCUGCUGCCAUCGAAGAGGACAGUUAUGAAGUCAGUCUACGUGUUAAUUUCAUCUCUGCAUCUCUAGAGUUAUCCAGGUCAUCUUCUGCAGGGCAGCUGAGUAGAUUUGUGGCUGAGAAACACAACCUCAGCACUGUUACUGAGGGAAGAGCCAACCUGGCAAGGAACCACACCAGCCUAGUGAGUGAGAAUGGGUCAGCAAUAUUUGGGACAAGCACCAAGAGCCAAAAGCAGAGCAUCACUUUGGAGUCUAAAGACAGCCUGUUGCUGAAGGAGGUCGGUCCAGAGGGGCUUGGCCGAAUCGCUGUGGUGCAGCAGCUAUUGGAUGAGGGUGCCAAUCCAUCAUGCCUAGGCAGUGAUACACGCCCUGUUCUGGUUGCUGCUGUGCUAAAUGGGCACCAUGAUGUCAUCCCUGUGCUAGUGCAGAAAGGAGCAGAUGUGGACCAGGCGUCUGGGCCGUUGAACAACACGGCCCUGCACGAGGCUGCAGCUCUGGGGCGUGAAGCACUACAGUGUGCGGAGGUCCUGCUCGGGUGCAACACAAGCUUGCGGAAGCUGAACGAUGAGGGCCAAACUCCGUAUGACAUAGCGGAAUCCACAGGCUGCAGCGCCCUGCUUUCCCUGAUGAUGUCACAUAGGGGACAGGGCCUAGCACAGCCCCUCCCCAACAGCAGGAGCCCCUCGGGACUCGACACGUUCUCAUAGGCUGUUUUUUAACAGUGAAGUGAAUCAUUUAUGCAUGUUUGGCUUUUCUACAGCUGCUUGGUCCACUGUAUCUUUAGAAACACCUGGACAGACGUCAUCACUGCUACAACUCGAAGGAAAAGUUUAAAUGACAAUUGUCCAAAGAUAAGGGUGUGCUUUACCAUAAGCAUGGCAACAUGAAGACCAUUGUUACAUGGUUGAGCAAGCAUCACACUGAAUAGUCUCAUUUAAGAUAAUCAUAACACUGCAAUGCUUUUGGGAAACAUGGCUCUGCUUAUUAGUUACAUUAUUUGCUUUGAGCCUGUUUUUAGAUUUGAAGCAUGGCAUGGAACUGGAUUGUGACUCAUUCACUCACGAUUGGAAAGCAGGAAAUUCUUCACAAGGUGGCAGUGGCACAGUGGCGCUUCAGAUCAAUGACACCAUUUGUCCUUGUAUAAAUCAAGCCUAUAGUGAAUGAGGCUCAGGCAGAGAGACUCCUAGUUCGGAUCAGAUACUGAGGUGAACAUGCUCAACCACAGUGGUCAUGAACAUCCUCCAACGCCUUCAUGGGAAAAUAACCUGUAUUAAAUGUUGACAAUGUCCUACUUUCCAUCUUCUGGUGCAGUCAGACAUCUAGUGAGUUCUUUCUCUCAGGUCUUACAGUCCAAGGCUGUACUAAGAUCAGUAAGCUAUUGCUGUUUGAGAAAAAAGGAAGAACAUGUUAAUAGUAGAUGCGGACACACAUGGACAACACAUGCAGCAUUUCAUGACAAAUAAAAGACUUUCCUGGCUGUGAAGCAGUGGAAUGGGACUCACAAGCUCACUCUGAGCAAGCAAUAAAUUCUCCCUAGGUAACACUAUUGAGGAAAAAAAUAAUGGGUACUGUGUCACAGUGGUGCUUCACAUCAAUGACAGCAUGUGCUUGUUUUUAGACACAUUAUUGCAUUUUUGUUUUAAUUUGAAAAUGUUUCCAGUAUGAUUCAAAAUGUUUAACACAAUUGGCUGUGACAAAAAAAAGAUUAAUCCAGUCA